AUGAAUGAAACACUCAAAUUAGUUCUAGUGGGGUAGUUAGGAGCAGGGAAAACUAGUCUCUUACAGUCUCAUAGAUAAUAAGAGUUCCGAGCUCACAAUGCGCCCACGGUGGCUGUAGACUUUGCUGGAGUUAAAAAUGUAGAAGUGAAUGGGAGGCUUUAUGAUAUUUCUAUCUGGGACACAGCAGGUUAAGAGAAAUUUAGAUCAAUAACGAGGAUGUCUUUAUAAGUAUGAAAAUGACAAAAAUAAUAGAAUGCCGAUGUUGCAAUCCUUUGUUUCGAUUUGAGUGACCCUGAUUCAUAUAGACAUCUAUAAGGGUGGAUCGACUUUUUAUAGGUGAAUUGUGUUUCUGAAAUGGGAAUUAUAAUUGUGGGAACAAAAAUGGAUUUACCAACUUUUUAUAAUAAGGAAGAUCUAUAAAAAUUUCUCUAAACUUUGAAUUCAUAAUAAUAGUAGUUAAAAUUAUUUCUUACUUCUGCCAAGACUCGAGAGGGGAUUGAUGAAACCUUCUAAUACGCUUAUGAAUAGGGGGCUAAAAUAAAAAUGAAAGCCUCGCAAAUGGAGAAAUCAAUUUUACUUGUUCCUCCUGAAUCAACUAAGAAGCGUAAAUCAUCUAAUAGAAAAUAUUUUGAGGGUUGUUAUUGUUGUUGAUGUUGAGGGCAGUGAUUCAAUAUAUUUAUUAGCGAAAAGGAAAUUGGUUUCAGAUUUGAUAUUUCCUUUUAUAUAAAAAAACAC